CAAUGACCUCAUCGAGAUUUGAACCCGCGGACUUCCGGCUUGUAGCAUACUACCGCGUGCCCCCAAGGUGAAUAUAUGGCUGAAAAUAUCUUACCUGAAAUUUUACCAUUUCCCUUUCUUCCAUUUCAUUUUCACCACAAAUUUGGAUAUGUUGAAUAACAAGGGAGAUACUUUAAGUAAUCAAGUCCUACUAAAAUACAUACAUUGAGAUUCUCUUGCCAGAAAACCUAAACAUUCCUCAAUAACUUCUUAAUUUUUGUAUGGUUCCCCAUGAACAUUGAUAUGGACGAAGCUUACGUCUAUGGAAGCAGAAACACCAUACCCCUAAACGAAGUGAACUCUACCCGUGACGUCGAAACACGACCGCCAUACAGGCGUUUGACUCAGUAUAGAGCGUAUAGAGUGACUGCAUGUGCCGCAAACAUGUAGUCAGCUGAACAUUGUGAUUAUUGUUCGUGAAUAGUGGCGAACAGUUUCGUGUAAACAACGUCAAAGGGGAUUUCGGAAUAAGUGUAAUGAAGGAAGUGUACCAACAAAAUCCCAUAUUCACACACAGGUGAAAAAAAUAGAGGCAAACGGAAGUGUUUUCACUCGACACACACGACGCCGGAAGAUGUGUGAUCGCGCGGUACAGGAUGUGAAGGAUCAGUUACUGGCAUCGCCAAGAAAUUCCUUAAGAAGGCUUUCGCAAGAAACUGGCUUUCCAUAUUCCACGGGUCAAAAAACUGUCAGAAAAACGAAACUGCACCAAUAUCGUGUACUCAAUGUCCAAGAUUUGCUUUCCACUGGAUUUGGAGAAAGGCGUAUGAUAUUAUUUAUGGUUCCAACGUUUAGUUGGACAAUAUCCGGGGAUUUUAGACAUUACAUGGUUUACGGUUGAAGCCUGAUUUCUUUUGAGUGGCUACAUAAUCUUCAAGACAAGCGGGUAUGGGCAGAAGAAAAUCCAUGUGAAAUUUAUACGGAGCCUUUCCAUUCGGAGGAAAUCGAGAUGUUGUAUGCCUUGUCCCAUAAACGAAUUAUCGGUCCAUAUUCUUCUAUCAGCUUGUUACCACAGAGAUGUACUUGGACAUGUAGUUACUAUAGGAUUCUGACAAUGGUGUAUGACACACUGAUAUAUUGCGUUUUUGGACUUUAUCCAUCGUCCAGGACGAUGGAUAAAGUCCAAAAACCGAAUAUAUCAGUGUACUUGGACAUAAUCAAUGAAUUUGUGAAUCAGUUAACAGAUGACAAAUUAGCGGAAGGUUACUUGCAACCAGAAGGCGUGACGUACCACACAUCUAAUGCAAGCAUGAAGAAAAUUGAAAGUUAUUUCGGUGACCGAUUAAUUUCGAAAAAUCUGUGACCGCCAAGAUCACCAGACCUGACGCCACCUGAUUUCUUCUUAUGGGGUUUACUGAAGGGUCGUAUAUACAGCAAUAAGCCGCAGACAAUUGUCGCCCUGAAAGAUGCCAUAGGGUGGGUAGUUGCUGCCGUUACCGAUGUCACAUUACCAGAUGCCUUCGCCAGUUUGCAGGCCUGCAUACAAAAGUGCUUGGAUGCUGCAGGGGGCCAUUUUCAGAAUAUGCUCUAGGCAGACCUUCUUUUGCAAUGUACAAGCACAGAAUAACACAAGAAGCAUGACAAGUGAAGAAGUGCGCCUUGCGAGAUUGAGAAGGACGUUGCAUUCCUUAGCAACUCGAUUCCCAAAAAUAAUUUUGAAACGAGUUGACUCAGCAUUUCCUGUUCUGAAGAAUAAAGCUAGUGUUCAGUUAAAGGCAGCUAGUAAUGAAGCAGCACAUUUUAGUAUGGAUUUUAAUGCCGAAGAGCAUGGUGAACAGAGUGAAGAGUUGUCAAAGUUAUGCAGCAAAGAGAAUUUGGAUUCAUGUGACAUAUCACAGAAUAAUGGAAGAAGAAUGACAAGUAAGGAAGAACGCCUUAUGAGAUUGGGAAGGACGUUGCAUUCCUUAGCAACUCUAGUCCCCAAAAUAACUCUGACACGAGUUGUCUCGACAUUUCCUGUUCUGAUGGAUAAAGCUAAUGUUCAAUUAAAUGCAACUGCUACUGAAGCAACACAUUGCAUUGAGGAACCUCAUGGUGAACAUAGUGCUGAACUCUCAGAGUUAAACGUCGAAGAGAAUGUUAAUUCGUGCAGGACUUGUAAGAAAUCUUUCUCUUGUAACAAUAAUCUAUCAGGACACACAUAUGUAAGUAACAGAGAAAAAAUGUCUCUUUGUGAAAAGUGUGUGAAAUCGUUCAAUGAUAAAAGCAGUCCAUUGCAACGAUUCGGAUGUGAUGAAGGGGCUUUUUCAUGCGAUGUAUGCAAUAAGAGCUUCACUAGUCGCUGUGAUCUAGACGCUCAUAUCAGGGUACACACUGGAGAACGACGUUUUUCAUGCGAAUUGUGUAAGAAAAUGUUCCGUCAUCGCUGUAGCCUAGUCAGUCAUCUCAGAAUUCACACUGGAGAACGACUUUUUGUGUGCAGUGUGUGUGAGAAACUGUUCACUAUCCACCGUAACCUACUCACUCAUCUCAGAAUACACAGUGGAGAACGACCUUUUGUGUGCAAAGUGUGUAAGAAAAUGUUCCGUCAUGACACAAACCUGAAAAUGCAUCUGAAAAUACACAGUGGGGAACGACCUUUUUCAUGUGAAGUAUGUAAGAAAAGCUUCAUUUGCCGCUAUACCCUAAACGAUCAUCUCAGAAUACACACUGGAGAACGACCUUUUUCAUGCGAAGUGUGUAAGAAAAUGUUCCGUCUUCGCCAGUACCUAGUUGCUCAUCUGAGAGUACACAGUGGUGAACGUCCUUUUUCAUGCGAAGUGUGUAAGAAAAGGUUCACUCAGCGUUCUCACCUACACACGCAUCUCGGUGUACACACUGGAGAACGGCCUUUUUCAUGCGAAGUGUGUAAGAAAAGGUUCACUCAGAGCUCUCACCUACACACGCAUCUCAGAGUACAUAAUGUUGAGAGAAAGUUUCGCUCGCGGAAGAAAUCUAAACGGGUGUCGCAGAGUUCACCGUGAAACAUGGAAUUUCCUCAUAAUGUGCACAUGAAAGUGUCCACUCAGUGUGACAGUCCGAGUCUACAGAGGCCACCUAAAAUUCGCUGUUCUAUGAAUAUGUAUGAGUAUUUUCGUUGAAUGUAGUGUAGUGUUCAAAAUAAUCUGUUUAUUCUCAAGUAAUUCUCUGAUUACACAAAUUGAAGGUU